AAAAUGAGCCUGAAAACACCAAGGCGCCCAAAGCAAAACGGUGAGCUCGAUGGCGACACCCCGUGCGUGCGCGGGUUGGGCGAGAGCGUGCGCACUGGCACUGCUGUUUGCUGGCUGCAAAGGCUAAUUCGGGGUGACCAUGCGCGGAGUGAAGGGCGGCGAUCCGCUGAUUGAGGGGUUUUGAGGUCGGUAAAACCGAGUCCUGUUUACGAUAGAUCCCGACCAUCAUUCGGAGAACCUAUGCUACAGCAUGAUCAAAAUGUACCCGAAUACGGAGUUUGUAUUGCGGCAAAUUGCUGGAAACAGCAAAAAGGACAACUCAAGUCGCAGUCGUAGGUCGUCGAGACAUGGCUGCGCUCCGCUUCCUGCAUCGUUAUUCGCUUGGCAAAUAAAUUUGUUAGCUCAAGGAGGCCGUAUCGUCGUCGUGGCAGCUUCAACUUCACAGAGCGCGAGGCAAAUCGCCCGGGUUGUACGCACUUCUAAAUGUCUGGGUUGCAUGUGUGUGGUUCGACACGAUAGUGGUCGUCCUAAAGUGGUCGUUUUAAACCCACGCAGACUUGAUUUUUCAGUAAGAGCUUAUCUGGGUUCGCUUGCCACUGCAAUGCCCGUAAUACCGCUAUCGAUAUACCUGCAACUAAGCAUCGACUCGCAUGGCCAUCGCGAUGACGGCCAACUAAGACUGAGACGGCCGUAGCCACGAGGACACGACGCACGAACACGCUAGCCAAGCUCCCGGCCGCUGCGAACGAACGGCGGAGUGCCAUUUGGCGGGGCCAUCGCGGGCAAUGCGUGGCGUGAGUCCUGCCGCGUCAACUCAGCAACGACACAGUGCCGCCGGCUCUGAUGGCACGACAAUACCAUCUGCCGCUGGCGUCGGAGCUCGGGUCGAGCGCUGUUGGCGGCACGGGUGCCAGCUGGGUCGGAGCACGUCGACAAGAAAAGCUGGUGCAUUGGAAUAUGACACAGAUGCGACUACGCUCCAGCUCGGCGCCCCACCGAGAUAUUUGACGCCUUCCGCCUGGAAUAGCCUACUAGACAGCAUUUGUUGCCUUUUAAUCCCAGAAUACAGGUUUUGCGACGUUUGAAAGUC